AUCCGAAACGCUAAAUGCUUCUCUAAAAACAUAAUAAAAAGAUCGAUCGUAACUCAAAGUGUGGAACAAAAGAUGGCUUCAGAGAUGAAGGUUGAAGUCGUUCACAAGGAAAUAAUUAAACCCUCCUCUCCAACUCCUCACCACCUCAGAAAUUUGGGCCUAUCUGUUUUUGAUCAGUUUCAACCUGAAAUUUAUAUCCCAGUAAUUCUCUUCUAUCGUCGCAGUGGCGAUGAAGUCAAUAACAAUCGCCAUUGUCUGUUUGCUGAAAAGCUCAAGCUUCUAAAGAAAUCAUUAUCGGAAGCCCUCACUCGCUUCUAUCCCUUUGCGGGAAAAUUCGAAUACAAUGUUUCGAUCAGCUGCAACGAUCAUGGAGCUGCAUUUCUUGAGGCCCAAGUUAACUGUCCCAUAUCGAAGAUUUUGGACAAACCUGAAUUUUCGAUCCUAGAUCAAUUGCUCCCAACUGCUAUAGGAUCCAAUCAAUCAGAAGCAGGCUAUCUUCUACUAGUUCAGGCCAGCUUGUUUGAAUGCGGUGGAUUGGCAAUUGGGGUCAGAAUUUGUCAUAAGGUCGCCGAUGCUUCAACAUUCAGCGCAUUCAUAAGGCACUGGACGGAAAUUUCCCUCGGCUCAGCCAUUAGUCGUGAUCAUGACGUGCAUCCUGCAGAAUUCAGCGUUGCAGCUUCUCUAUUCCCACCACAAGAUUUCUUCAACUCACCAAAACCUACCGUGCACCUUCCUAAAGACAAGUGUGUAACACGGAGAUACGUGUUUGACGCCUCAAACAUUGCUGCUCUCAAGACCAAAGCUGCCAGUGCAACAGUGCCAAAACCAACGCGUGUUGAAGCAGUGUCGGCCCUCAUUUGGAAAUGCGCAAUGGAAGCUUCAAGAUGGAAUUUGGGUUCUAUAAGGCCAUCAGUUUUGUGUCAAGCGGUGAACAUAAGGAAAGGAUUAUCAGGGCAGGCAGAAAAUCUAAUGGGGAAUCUUGUGUGGUGCUUCACGGCAAUGAACUUAGAGAGUGAAUUAGACUACAAAAACUUGGUUGUGAAACUCCGAAAAGGCAUCGAAGUAUAUAAAGAAGAGCACCCUAAUGGGGUUAGUGGUGAUGUGGUAAUGCAAACCAUCAAAGAGUCCGGCAAUCUGGGAAGACAUGAUGUAGAAACCUAUGCUUUUAGCAGUUGGUGCCGGCUUCCCUUCUACAAAGCCAAUUUCGGGUGGGGAAAGCCGGCAUGGGUGAGCAUUCGCACCAUCGAAUUCAAGAACAUGAUUGCAUUGAUGGACACGAAUGAUGGCGGUGGCAUAGAAGCCACCUUGACUUUAAAAGAAGACGACAUGGCCAUGAUCGGAAGUAAUAAGGAGUUCCUUGCAUAUGCAUCCCUGAAUCCGGCUGUCAUUUGAUUGUUCUUCUUACUGGUAUUGUGCUGUGUUUUCAUCAAAAUUGAUAUGUUUGCAAUCAUACAUUAGAAAAAAUAUCUGCUCUUCAAGAUUAGAAGACGGAGUUCGUUAUUUUAAUUACCUUUUUGUUUUUUCUUCAUAUUUCCGUGGAGUAUAGAUGAAUAAUUCAAUCAAUAUAAAUAUUACAACUUUGUACCAA